GCAAUUUCCAUGUCACGGAGUUCAGAGAUGAACUUCGAUUUCACUCAAAUUCCUGCAGGUUUUCAUUUAUUUAACUUCAAUCAAGCCCAGUGUGCCGAUAAAGAUAGUUCACCACUACACGGAGAAAAAGACUAGAGGGUGGUUUUCCUUUUGUCAGUUAGCUAAGAGUCUUGCUGUGUUGAUGUUUGUGCCAGUAUCUGACACCCAUGUUGAAACUUUCAGAGCACCAGUUCACCAAGUUUUUCCCUGGAAGCUCACCAUCAGUGAUUUGCAAGGCAGUUGGGUGGAAGUAUCUUCAAAACAUCCUUUAAUCUCGAAAUGCUGAAGUGUUUGACAGAAAUCUCGGAGGUGCAGGUGUGAAUCCAGUUAUCAAGUGUGAAGAUGGAAAGCACAAUAGCAAUGCCCCAAGCAGCGGAAUCAUCUGACCUGAAAUCCAGUGCCCAGUCCACCAAAGACGAACGUCUGUGUCUAGUAUGCGGCGAUCGCGCCAACGGGGUUCACUACAACGUCUUGUCCUGCGAGGGCUGCAAGAGUUUCUUCCUACGCAGCACCAAGUCCAAGGCAACCUUCGUGUGCAAUCAGGGCGGGAAAUGUUCAAUGGAUUUGUACACCAGACGGCAUUGUCCAGCCUGCCGGAUGACAAGAUGUGUGGAGCUAGGAAUGAAUGUGGAUCGGGUGUGGGACGACAGUCGUUUAAAAACGAGAAAACAGCUCAUCCGGGUCAAACGAAAGAAAAAACAGCCCUCUCCUAACCCAAAGCGCAGCGCUGCGGCUGCAAGCACCGUUUCCCCUCCAUCCAGUACUGACACAUCGGCUGCCAACUCCCCUCCGCCUGGGCAGUCGCAUCCGACAUGCUCCUUCAACAUGACCCCAAGUAUGACCUCUGACAUGACCCCAGAUAUAGCAGCCUUCAUGAAUACUGUCAUGUCCCCUGGCAUAGACCAGACCUCUAUGCAACCUUCGCCAAUGGGCCAGAGUGAGCCUCAGUGGGAGCUGACUGCAGAGCAGAAGAGCUUGUUGGAGCGUUUGGAGAAAGGCUACACGGCAUCCAAGGAAGUCUUCAAAAAUAUCUUUCCUAGAGCACCUGGGUCUCUUGCCAUACCCAUGAGUUCAAUGAGUGCCAAUGGUAGCAGCAUAUCACAACUCUUUGCGACAACAUCAGAAGAAGGUUCAACGACGACAGCAGAAGAGACGGCCCCAUCCCAAGCCUCUACAUCGUGUGGCUCAUCAGCCUCAAAGAACCCUUUGACUGGGUUGAUGUCGCUCCUACCCGAUGGGAUGACCGCCGAGAUGGCGUUGAACGCCCUGGCUACGGGAGACCUCAGCAUACCCGCUGGACUCGACCUCAGCAGUCUACCCCCUGGCCUGUCGAACAUUGCCUUGGGUCUAAUGGGCGCUCAAAACCAGGCAGGGACUGGUGAGACAAACUCAGCUGGGACUUCAUCGGACGGAGAGGGGAAAGAACCUGAUGCUUACCAGUCAGUACAUCGUGUGACGUCUUUCAUCACCAACGGCUCCAUGAAAGAGUGCGCCGCACAGGAGAGACCUAAGUUACCCAUCCACAAGGAGUUAUUACACACAGCGAUGGACAUGUUCGCCAUCCUGGUCAAACAGACGAUUCACUUUGCCAAAACGAUUCCUGGAUUUAUGGACUUGCUGUGCGACGACCAGGCGGUGCUGAUCAAAGCCAGUAUAAUGGAUGCACUCCUGUUGCGCUGUGCGGAGAGCUACGUCCCCGAUAUGGGCUGUGUCUUCAAUGAAAUGACCAAUGAUAUAUUCCACAUUAACAUGAUGUAUCAGAUGGGGUAUACGACCCUACCGGAGCAGGCAUUUCAGUUUAUGAAAGAGACCAAAGAGUGUCAACUGUCCACAGGAGAGUAUGCCUUGCUAAAUGCUGUAGCAAUCCUCUCGCCGGACCGCAUCGAACUCCACAAUCGCGAGCUCGUUGAAGAGAUCCAGUUCUCAGUGGUAGAGACGCUACACGCCACCACCAAGGUGUUCCACCAAGAGGACAAGACGCUGUUUGCUAAGCUGAUCAUGAAGCUUACCAAGAUGAGGGACAUUGCCGUGGUUCACCUCAGCGACCUGAUGGAGGUCCAGGUACAGGAAAGAGACCUGAGCCCUCUCAUUAUUGAACUCUUUGGUCUGGAGACGAGCUCAACGGUAUGACAGUAGGUGAGGGCAGUGUAUUAGGGAUAGAGCAGGGGGGGUUACUUUGGGUAUGAGGUUGCUGUUAUUGUCCGUCUGUGGUCUGUGGUGCAUUCCACUUUCUAUUUAGCAAAUCUUGCUAAUGUUUUUGCAAAGAAAUUUUAUGUUUAGCAGGUCGUAAAUCUAGCAUUGGUGAUUUUGGUUUUUGUGGUUUUCUAAGGCAUUGACAAUCCUCUCUUUGCUGGUACCAACGUGUGCUUAUUUGUGUUUGUUUCUUCUUAAAGGCACUGGACACUAUUGGUAAAUACUCAAAAUAAAUAUUAGCA